GAGGGGUCGGCGUCUUGCUCCGUCCGCGCCCGCCAGGUCAGCCGGCGCUUGCAAACUUUGCAGCCGGGCCGCCCCGGCCGCAGCGCCCUCCUUCUCCCCCUGCGGGGCUUUGCGCACGAGUCGGCGUCGUUUUCACACGGGCUGCUGCUCGCCCAGCCGAGAUAAGAGGCAGCUGCCAGCGACGCCGGCCUUACAGGGUUGGGAGGCGGCCGAGGAAGGGGGCGGAAGGCCGGAGAGGUCGAGGCUGAGCGGGGGCCUCCGCGGGGAAAGGAGCGUCCGCCGGUUUGCACCUGCCGUCGAGGAUGGAGCCGGGCUCGGGAGAAAAGAGGCAGCUUCUCAACGAGGUGGAAGGCAGGUCUUAUUUAGGAGUCGUGGGUAAGAAUUUCCCAAACCCAAUGGUCGGCUACGUUCCAGACCUUUCCUCCUUUGAGCUGGGCCUGAACAGGAACCAGCACUGCCAUUCCAGCUGGGCAUCUAACAGCAGCUACGAUGCUGAAAAAGAGAGAGCUCGGAAGAAGCUCUACCUCGCCUCGGCCAUCUGCUUGGUCUUCAUGGUGGGAGAAGUUGUGGGGGGGUACCUUGCCCACAGCCUUGCCAUCAUGACUGACGCCGCCCACCUCUUGACGGACUUCGCCAGCAUGAUGAUAAGCCUUUUCUCUCUCUGGAUGUCCUCUCGGCCCCCUACCAAGACCAUGAAUUUUGGCUGGCAUCGAGCAGAGAUCUUGGGAGCCCUACUGUCCGUGCUGUCCAUCUGGGUGGUGACUGGUGUCCUGGUUUAUUUAGCAGUGCAACGGCUGAUCUCGGGAGAGUACGAGAUAGAAGGGAAUGCCAUGCUCAUCACCUCUGGCUGUGCCGUGGCAGUAAACAUCAUAAUGGGCAUUGCUCUCCACCAGUCAGGGCACGGGCACAGUCAUGGCAAUGGACACAGUCAUGGCAGUGGCCACAACACCAGUGUCCGGGCUGCUUUCAUCCAUGUGGUUGGGGAUUUCCUGCAGAGCAUUGGAGUCCUGGUGGCAGCCUACAUCAUCUACUUCAAGCCAGAGUACAAAUACGUGGAUCCCAUCUGCACCUUCCUGUUUUCCAUCCUGGUCCUUGGAACGACCCUAAGCAUCCUCCGAGAUGUUGUCCUUGUGUUGAUGGAAGCCACCCCAAAGGGUGUGGAGUUCAAUGAUGUGAAGAGUAUCUUGCUGUCCAUAAAUGGAGUGAAAGCCCUGCACAGCCUCCAUAUUUGGGCCCUGACGGUGUCUCAGCCCGUGCUGUCUGUCCACAUUGCCAUCAACAAAGACGCAGAUGCUCAGGCUGUCUUGAAGGAAGCGAGUUCCCGCCUGCAGGGAGCCUUCAACUUCCACACGACGACAAUCCAGAUCGAGAACUACUCCGAGGACAUGAAGGACUGCCGGGAGUGCCAGAGUCCCUCUGACUGACUGAUUAGAAAAUAAGAGAAUCUGAGGAGAGUUGUAGAACAGCCUGCGGAUGGAUAUUCGGCCUUGUCAAAACUGCUACCUCAGAAUUCGUUCCAGUGUGACUGUUACUCAGGGCCAAGUAACUCAUUCAGAGCCACCUAAGUGCUGAUGCUUAGUUUGUUGGGAG